GGGGCGGUCGUGGGCACGCGGGUUGAGGACCGGCGGCAGCCCGGCCCGGGAAGCCCGCCCAGAGGAGCGCAGUGUGGGCGCGACGUCCUCCGCUCGGGGCAGAGCGUCCCGCGAGGCUGCAGGCACGCAGCAGUGCUCCGUGGAGGGACAGAGCGGGCGGCUUGCUGCUUUCACUGCUUCCAUCCCAAACUGAGACGUGGCGGCUUUGUAGCCAGGUCUGGGCAGGCUCUGCAUGUUAAAACCCAGCGCUUCGCCCCCCCCCCCUUAAGUUGAAGCCUCACGGCCGCGGUCCCUGCCCUGUCGCCGUGCCUCCCCGUCGGGGUCGCUGGUCUGGGCCCCGCGCGAGCGGCGGAGAAAGAAGCCAGCGGCCGCCCCGUGUGCGCACCCGGCCGGGGGAGUCCGCGCGCACGGGGAUCGGGAGCUCGCGGCGAGCCGGCGGGGAGAGCUCCGCUCCGAGACGCUGGCACCGGAGAGAUUCAGGUCCUGCCAGCCGUCCGCUCCCGACCUCCUGCGCAGAUCGCCGCGGUGCGCGCCCUGGCGCUCCGCGGUUCCCCUGAGGAAAGGUCGGUGUGCAGCCCGCAGCUCGUUAGAUCGAUAGGAGGUGUGCAGACAGAAAAGAUCUGAAAUACAGAAGCUCGGCCCCCUCGGGAAACCGAGAGGGAGAAGGCGGCUGACAUCACUCGGGGCGGGGCCGCGGCGCUAAGAAAAGUCGGCGGGACCGGAGCCGCUGCGGCACAGCCUCACCAUGAGCGGCCGCAACACCUCUGAGGUCCACAUCCUCUGCAGCCCCGGCCAGCUGUUCCUGCAGCCGCUCUGGGACCAGCUGCGGGCCUGGGACUCGCUCACGCAGUCGCCCUUGUUCGCGGUCCUCUUUUCCAUCACCACGUACGUGGGCUUCUGCCUGCCCUUCGUGGUGCUGGACGUCCUGUGCCCUUGGGUGCCCUCGCUGCGGCGCUACAAGAUCCACCCGGACUUCUCGCCGUCGGCGCGGCAGGUGCUGCCGUGCCUGGGGCAGACCCUGUACCAGCACGCGGUGUUCGUGCUCCCCUUAACCCUGCUGCACUGGGCCCGCGGCCCGGCGCCCUGGCCCCGCGAAGCCCCCGAGCUGCUGCCUCUGGUGCGCCACGUCGUGUGCUGCCUGCUGCUCUUCGAUGCCGAGUUCUUCGUGUGGCACGUGCUGCAUCACAAGGUGCCCUGGCUGUACCGCAACUUCCACAAGAUGCACCACCAGAACUCGGCCUCCUUCGCGCUGGCCACGCAGUACAUGAGCGCCUGGGAGCUGUUUUCCUUGGGCUUCUUCGACAUGCUGAACGUCACGCUGCUCCAGUGCCACCCGCUCACCGUCCUGGUCUUCCACGUGCUCAACAUCUGGCUGUCGGUGGAGGACCACUCCGGCUACGACUUCCCCUGGUCCACGCACAGACUGGUGCCUUUCGGGUGGUACGGCGGCGUCACACACCACGACCUGCACCACUCGCAGUUUAACUGCAACUUUGCCCCGUACUUCACGCACUGGGACAGAAUCCUCGGAACUCUUCGGUCCGCUCACGCCAAGUGACGCGCAGCCUCCCUCCCCGGCUGCGGUAGGGGGGCUCAGGGGGUCCUCCGGACCCAGGACUGUGGCAGUAGUGCACUUGACACUUGAAUCAGGAGAAACACACCUGAGUUGUUUUGUCUUGGUUUGUUUUGUAAGUAAUUUAUUACCUGCUGGAGAUUUAUGGAUAAAAUCUGAUGUAUUUUCACAGUCUGAUGAAGUAAUUUAUAUCGUUUCUGUAUAUUGGCGGUUAUAUUCUUGAAGUCAAAUUCCAGCUCACUUCGAUAGCCUUGAUUCCUGGAUAUGUUAGACACUCAUCACUGGCAUAUUUAAAUCAUCUCAAAAAGGAUUUGAUUGUAGGACAAGGAAGGUCCUGUGUUUUAAAGUGUUGUAGAAAUAGGCUAAAGUGAUACAUUCUUAUGGAGAAUAUCAUCUUUGACUCUAUUAGCAACAAAACAUGUUCCUGCUGGACAGUGAUCACAAUUGUUGUGCUUUUUUAUUUUUUCAUGUAAUUGUAUAUUUAUAUUGAAAGAAAUGUUGUUUGUACUUUAAAAAAGAAAAGAAAGAACAGAACAUGAACCAAAUGAGUCCUGGCUGCUGUCUCACUGGCAUUUAGACUGAUCAAUACUAAAACCAGAAGAGGGAGCUGGGGUGGCAGGUGUCCUCAGAGCCUCCAUCAGCCGUAGAAGGAGAGGAAUCUGGUGGUGGGGUGUUUUGUGGGGCAUUUGUAGGGGCCUUUUGUGGGGGAUUUGUAGGAGAGACAAGGCAGAGGCGGGAGAAGGGGUCAGUUAGUCUGUUUGGGUCUAGCAAUGGCACAGAGGGAGAACCACUAUUGUUCUGAAUGGUUUUCAGCUGAUUUCUGCAUAACAAGCAGCUCAAAGAAUUACCCUCUCAGGUUUUAGAGAGAUUAACACCGCCCAACCAUUUGAUUAUUUGUAGGAGAGUGGUGUUGGGGAUGAACAGAAUUAGUGGAGUGCCUUGCUUUGCAAAACUGGCGAGUCAAGUGUGUGCAUGAGAAGGGCUGAUAGAUAUAGAAAGAGAUUCUGAGUCACCCCUUAUUUCUCAUGAAUCCAUCUAGCCUAAGUGACCAUCAUACACACAGCUCUGCAACUGGGGAUUUUUGGGCUUUCACUUUUCUUAAAUUAAGACAUACAUGCAAAUUGCAUACCCCUUUGUCAAAGAGAGAAUAAGGAUGGAAUUUGGCCCCAGGUCCCUGGUUCCUCAUUUGUAAACGGAGAUUGUGUUCCAGAUGUUCUCCCAGAUUAUUUGGCACAGUAAAUGUCCCUGUGACUGACCACACGCCUGUUACACGUCAGGUACCCCACCCCAACCCGCUGCUGCCUAAUUGUUUUCAUUUUAUCUUUGGCACAGGGUUAUCUAGGGUAAAGUAAAACCUUGAGACAAUUUAGACAGAAAAGUAUAAAGAAUGGCAACUUUGCAUGUAAUUCCAGGCUCAUUAUAUAUGAACCACACCGUCCUGGUUAAAGGUGAAGCAUCCACCUGGAGACCUGGUUUCCACAACCUGCCCGAUGAGAGCCCUGGGAAGCAUGUGCGUGCUUUCCCAACCUUCGCCAAGUUGUA